UUCCCACCACUCAAUUCCUCUUCUCACCCUUCCCCUUCCACGAGCGGAUUUUUUUCGAAGAGGAGAGAAUACCCCAGGCCUCCUUCCACGAGCAGAUGCCGGCGAAUCCCGAGCCCUCGGCGAAGCCAUGGCCGCUGGCGGCCUCCACCUGCCGCCGUAAGGCUACAACUCCGCGCUUCUUCGGCGCCGAUGGCUGCGACGACGACGACGACGACUUCCAGAGCCCUCGCCCCCACGCCAGCCGCGCCCGCCCCAUCGAGCCCUCCAAUGGCGCCGCCUUGCGCCACCUCCGUAAGAAGCUAAGACUUCCACCGUCCAACUCCGUGAAGGAGAACUGUCUCGUCACCGGUGCCACGGCUCCUGCGAAGAAAGUUGCUGCAGUGGCGGCGGCGGCGGCUGCCGAAACCCUAGCGGUCUGUUCGAGUGUUGGUGCCAGCGUACCCAAGGACAAGGAAGCGGUGAGUGGAGAAAUUUGCGGUCUGUCGAGGUACGGAUCCGACUACUCCAAUUUAGGCGCUAUUGGGAAGAAAGGAUUGAGUGGAUACGACGGUUGCAAGACAAGUUCCAGUUGCUUCACCAAUUCGACGGAAUCGAGGAUUUUGGAGUCAGAUGCUACAUGUGAUUUGGGGAGUGGGAACUGUGAAGAGGCAGAAGAGCUCUCCAGGGCUUGUACCACGUUUCCUGGGGAUGGGGUGGAGGUGGGAAGAUCUGGUUCAUGGCUCCAUGGCUCUGCCUCUAAUGAAGGGAAUGUGGAUGCAAAAGCUGAGUCUGCAUCUCGAUCCAAAACCAAAAGAAACGAGUGGAGUGCCUUUGGAGUUCAUGAUGACAAUUACCAGUUACGUUCUAAAGAAUCAGAGCUUUUAGUGGGGAAUUCAAAAUAUGAUUUUGGAGGUGCAGAUUGUAAAUUUCAAGAGCUUGGUUUAGGAAUCUGUAGUUUGGUUGAUGAAGAGAGGAAAGUUGUGGCAGAAGAUGUUGCUACUUUCAAAUCUGAGACUAGGGAAAAGAAAUCAAGUUCAGCUGCAGAUUGUAAUGGGUGUCACUGCUCGGACUCGGUCGAACCAAUGCUUCUGGAAUCACGUAAAAUCCAUCAUUUUGAAGCUGAUGAUUGUGAUAAUUCUGAGAUUGGGACACAGCUUAAUGAGCUCAUAAACUUGUGCAUGGAGGAUCAGGUGGACGGUCACCCUGCUGGUAGGGCACCUUGUGUUGAAGGGAACAAAAUGGAUUCAGGGGUUUUUGAGCCAGUUUAUAAAGUGCAGUGCCCAUUAUGUAGAUCAGAUAUUUCUGAUCUGAGUGUGGAGCUCCAGUUAGCACAUACUAACAAUUGCCUUGAUGAAGGUGAACCUGCUAAGGAAUCUAAAUCCAAUCAUGAAAGAGGACCUUGUGCUGGAGAAAACAUUGAAAACAAAUGUGUCCUAGAAUGGUUAAGAAACCUUGGGCUAUCCAAAUAUGAGGAAUGUUUUAUCAAAGAAGAAGUUGACUGGGAGACCUUGCAGUGGCUCACAGAAGAGGAUCUUCUAGGUAUGGGCAUCAAUUCCCUUGGACCCAGAAAGAAAAUUGUCCAUGCGUUGGGUGAAUUAAGGAAGAAAAAUGACCGUGCGAAUGAUACGGAACCGGAGGUGUUAUUUUCUGAAAAUAAUAACAGGACUAAACUUCCAAUGAAUGGGAAUAAAUUAAUUACAGAGUACUUUCAGUGUUUCUCAUCUGAUCAGAAACAAAGAGACCGGAAAGUCCAGAAACCUUCUAAUUUGAAUAGCCAAAAAAAAUCUAGUGCCAAAGUGGCCACUAGCAGAAGUCUUAUUCGUAAAGGAAAGGUUAAGGAUACACCUAUUUGGUGUUGCAUCCCAGGAACACCUUUUCGAGUGGAUUCAUUUCGCUACUUAAGAGGAGAUUGCUCCCACUGGUUUUUGACACAUUUCCAUCUAGACCACUAUCAAGGCUUGACUAGGAGCUUUUGUCAUGGGAAGAUAUUCUGUUCCUCAAUAACAGCAAAGCUUGUACACCAUAAGAUUGGUGUCCCAUGGGAUAGAUUUCAUGUAUUGCCACUGAACAAAAGGAUAACUGUCUCAGGAGUUAACUUGACAUGUUUUGAUGCCAACCAUUGCCCUGGAGCAAUCAUUAUCCUUUUUGAGCCCCCCAGUGGUAGAGCAAUUUUACACACUGGAGAUUUCCGGUUUUCUUCUGAGAUGGCCAACAAUCCUGUUUUGCAGUCUUCUCACAUCCACACUCUAAUACUUGACACAACCUACUGUAGUCCGCGAUAUGACUUCCCGAGUCAGGAGACUGUAAUACAGUUUGUCAUCGAGGCUAUACAAGCAGAAGCUUUCAAUAAAAAAACACUUUUUUUGAUUGGCAGCUAUACAAUCGGAAAAGAAAGACUGUUUACGGAGGUUGGCCGUUUGCUUCAGAAGAAAAUAUAUGUUGGAGCUGCAAAGCUGCAAAUAUUAAAGCACUUGGAGCUUCCUCAGGAAAUCAUGCCCUGGUUGACGGCCAAUGAAGCGGAAAGUCAAAUCCAUGUUGUCCCCAUGUGGACUCUCGCAAGCUUCAAACGGUUGAAACAUUUAUCAAGCCAAUAUGCUGACCGGUUUGACCUCAUUGUGGCAUUUUGUCCGACUGGUUGGUCAUUUGGUAAAGGGAAGAAAAAGACACCAGGUAGAAGGUGGCAACAAGGAACAAUUAUCAGAUACGAAGUACCAUACAGUGAACACAGUAGCUUCACAGAACUCCGAGAAUUUGUCCGGUUCAUAUCACCAGAGCAUAUAAUUCCCAGUGUAAACAACGAUGGCCCUGAGAGUGCAGAUGCUAUGCUGGCCCAGUUGUUAAAUGAUUAGUGAAAUUUAUCACUCCAUUGACAACCUGAUCACUAUGCUAACCACUGUUAUAAGAACACUUAGCCGGAGGACUACAUUAAUGAAGGCUAAACACUGUUCCCUAUGUUGAUGCACCACAAAUUCUGACGAUGCAGCAUCCGUGACGUACUCUGUUACUCCCUCUAAUCCAUAAAAAGUGUUGCCCACUUAGUACUAACUUAGUACAAAAUGGGUGACACUUUUUGUUGAUCGGAGGGAGUAGCAGAUAAGUUUAAAUGCUUGAUGGUAAAAUCUCAGCUAAGCUAUCGCCACAGGAGAAACUGUGUGCCGAGUACAUUAUGUUGUAGAGUUCAUGAGUAAAAAUGUAAAUUGCAGACUGCGUUGUGUGAGACAGUAGGAAUUCCAACUACAAAUAUUAUUUAGAAUUCCAACCCAUUUGUACAUCAAUCAGUUUUGGAUGUCCAGGAUGUUCGCAUGCAA